AUGUUACCAGACGUUGAAUACUCUUCACCUCAGUCACUGGCCGGUGUCUGUUGGUCUCAUGAUUUUGUCAAUAUGUUCAUCAGUCCAGUGAAAUUAGACCAGGCGACAGGGACAUCUCAAUAUCAGAAAUCGGAACCGCGAUUUGUUCCACAAGGUCACAUUCUGGACAGACAAUUGUUUAAAGCACUCAUGUUCCCGGACAAAAAUCGUGUGCUUCGUGAAUUCAUCGCGGAUAUCUUUAAUCAGCACAUCACCGAGGCACUGAAGCGUCGAAAUACCAUACGUCAAGAUUUGAAGUCACGACCAAUCCGACGCCUGUUUGUCGAUGAACUACAACGCUACCUGAUUCCCGUACCGAAUCUGUCCCCGACCGAGGCUAUCAAUGAACUGGCAAACAGUACGGAUCGAUGUCUACACGAGCAACGUGCAUUGCUCACAUGGGAGCAGUUUGAACUGAUUGUCGAUUUGUUGGACGAAGCCUUGUGCCAGGAAAGUCAGUCUGAGGACACCGGAAUCGCUCCGAUUGUGAUGGAAUUGAGCACAAAAUUCUGCACGCAAUUGAAUAAUGUGCGCUACUACGCCAACAUGACCCAUCAAAUUCAACGGCAUCAUGUCUGGGAACAAAUGUCUUUCUGGGAAAGUGUUUUCAACGAGCAUGUGAACAAUCAGAUUCGUCAAUUGUAUCUGCAUUUUUCUGAACAAGAACAACAACUGAACUAUCAGUCACAUACGGACGAGCCGAACCGAUCGGGCAGUCCUACCAGCCCCACGGAGAAUGGUCUGUCUGACGGUUCGAUCUCGUCAGAUCAGCCGAAAGGAGAACGGAUAAUCCGGGUAGGGCUUCGCAGAAAAUCACAGCCUUCUUACACGACCAAUAUGUCGGCCUUGGAAAUCGCUGCCGAGGAGAUACGUCUCGUCAAUUCCCGACCGGCAGACGUGCAAAAAACGCUCGAGGUGCAAGAGGAGAGUACGGUCUACGCUCAGAUCAUUCAUUUCAUCAAUCUGAUUGUGAAUUUCCGUAUCCCGGUAGAUGUCGGGGCUACGGCCGCCGGGGUGUACGGUGAUCCGGGUUUGUUGAACAGUUUGACCAGUGGUGUGGAUAGCAAUCACGUGGACUAUACUGUCGGUUUGCACGAUGCUGGUCUCGGACCCGCGCAUCGCAUGCAUCAAAAAGAGAACGGAAUACUACUACACGCUGGCGGCGAUCGUUCAACUGGCGAAUCAACUUGGCGCCCGCGGCGUAACGACACUGGCGAGCGUUUUCCCAACGAUUUCGCUGUCCCGUCAUCUAGACAUCCAUCACCUGGUGACUUACGUCGCGACCCACUUCGUUCUCGUCACGACCGCGGCAUGAAUGUUGGUUCAGCCUUGGACUAUAUCUCUGCUCUCGAGGCUUGGAUACGUCGAUUUGUGGAAAAAGUGACCGAUGAGAACGCUCUGAUUUCACACAGAACCUCGAAAAUCUAUGAAAAGAUCGAAGGUGUGAUUGAAGGUCACCUGUUGAAUUUGGAAACGAUCUAUCCGGAGGUGAAGAACAUACCGAAGACGAAGAAGCCGGAAAUCGCCAACCCCACUCUACUGGCCAGUGAAGUGGCCAUCCCGAUCGGCGGUUAUGAUUGUGUACGUUGUCAAUUGCUGGUGGACGGUCGCCUGGAACGGACUGACUGUCAGCUUCUGGAUGCACUCGGUGAUCUAAAUGCCACCGGUACAGGCGGACCAAAUGGGCCCGACAAAUCCGGUCCGGGAUCUCCGGUGGAGAACGAUUUUGAGGUGGACGCCAUGCUCAGACCGUUGUUGCCAGCACAGGGUGCAUUGUUUGUCACUAAUUAUCGCAUUAUAUUCACCGGUGUACCCAAAGACCCCUAUCGUAAGUUAUUGCCUGUUUGGUACGAGUAUACAGUAUACAAAUAUACAUCCAAUGACGGUCAAAUCAAACAGUUUAAGUUCCGCAUGAUUUUCCAAUCGAGACGCAUCGUAGCAACGCCCGGGUAUUAA